AAAUGAUAUAUGAACUAUGAAUAGUAUUUUGUAAAGCUGACUUAGCUGCACAUCCAUUUCCAGUCAUUUUUAAUGCAUAAAUUUAAUUUCUUCAGAGCAGUUAUUCCACAAAGAGAUCGUAUGAGAUAUUGUUUUGAUAUUCAGAUUUGUUUCUUGACUGUUAAGAAGAUUGAUAACUGUAAAAAUGUCUCAUUCGAAUAUGAUAUGUUUAUAACCGAGUCCCUAACAUGAGGCAAGUUUUUUUUAAAAGUAAAUAAUUUUAUUUUUCUUAUAUUAUAUAAUAAAUAUAUAUUAUUUACUGAUAAUAAAAAUAUAGUUAUUCAUCUAUCACAAAUAAAUAUGCAAAUAUGUGAAUCAAGUACAAGAAUCAAACAACAUAAUGAUUUCCACAAAGAAAAUUUUAAAAAUAUAUUUAUGUUAUGUAGUCUUAUUUUAUAUUUUUUAAAUAAUGUAAUACAAUAUUAUACAUUAUUUUUUUAGAAUUGAUAAAUACAUAUAAUAUCUUAUCCGCGCGUAGGGCGGUUAAAAAAUCUAGUGUUAUCUAAAGACCCCAAUAUAUGUAGUAAAUUAAUGUUAUCAGAUAGCAAUAUUAUUUAGCAAAAAAAAAGUAAAGUGAGCUUGUAGGAAAUUAUUUAUAAUUUACGUACAAAUGUUAAACAUUUGGUGGAAGUGGGUAUAUUUAUAUGUAUGUACAAAGUACAAACGCUGUUAAGAACAAUAUGAAUAUACUUAUAAAACAAAGAAAAACAACGUCUUUAUCUGUGUGCCUGAAAGCGCAUGCAGUUACGAGGUCUACAAAAGAGCUGAAAACUAGUCGACAAAAUAAAGCUGAAACCUUGCUAAUUUUAGCCAAAGACCAACUUUUUAACGUGUCUAAAUAAAAACUCAGACCUGUCACUAGUGUACGAACUGUUGAAAAUUUCAAAAUUAUACGUAUAUAAUAUAUUUUGAUUAAAAAAAACAAAUACGUAUAAUAUAUAUAUAUAUAUAUGUAGACUAGACUGUGUAUAUUACUACAAGAAAAUUAAAUAUAAGUUUUUCAACAUUGAAACUGUUGACAAAUGCAAAAAGGGCACGUGUCACAACGGGGAUUGUUUGUCAUUUAAAGGUUCCCUCUGGUAAAAUUUCACAAACGUCUCUAAAACCAUUAAGAGAAAGAGAGAGUGAGAGAAAUCUUUAAGAAAAACUCCAAAACCCUAAAACCUCCGUCUAACCAUGCCGGUCAUGAACAUCGGUCCCGUCCCUCAAUCUCACGGUAUUAUUUAUCCUAGUUCUAUGAUCAUCAUUCUUUAAAUAUUUAAUGUUGAUUGAUAUUAUAUACUCAUCAUAUAAUAUAAUCUUUUUGUGGUCAGAUGGGUUUUACGCAAGGAAUAAUCCGUAUCAGGUGAACGGACCAAAAGGGUUUACUGAGUUCAAGCUCAUGGAAGAGAAUGAGGAUCUGUACGCGAGGUUUGAUUUCCCUGGUGUCACCAAAGAAAGUUUGAGAAUCCUUGUGGAGCCAUUGAAGAAGGCUGUUUUUGUUUUCGGAGACGCACCGAAAGAGUUUAGACACGACUCUUCUCACCGCAAAUACGGAACCGUAACGGGACUUGUCUGCGAUUGUUGUGAGAUCAGUAACAUUCAGUGUUUUGUUGGAGAUGGUGUCGUCAGGCUCAUUCUCUCCAAGAAGAAGAUCAAUCUUCAUGUCCCUUUCUCAUGUUCUUGUAAACUAAUUUCUCGAACUAAUGCAACAAAAAAAAAAUCUUCCUUAUAUAUUUAUUUUCGGGAAACUGAUAUCUAUCUGACAUUAUUCAUGGGAUGUGUGCUGAUUCUAUGGUUCCAGUCGCAGGUGGCCAUCCUCUUGCUCAUCUUCGUGGACAUAACGGACAUAACGCAGAAGAUGUUAUGUUGUGAUUUACUGUUUUGGACAGGUCCGGCGUUUACAGGUCCGGUCACACUACAACACCCUUCAGUGUUGGAGGGAUCCACCAGUGCGUACGAAUCAAAGCAUCUCCCAAACGGCGGUCUCUUCCUUCGUAUUGACAUGCCCGGCGUCCCCAAUGAUCGUUUCAUGAUGACGGUUGAAAGUGACGGUGGCAUCACUGUUAUCGGAAGAGCUCCUCCGGCUAUGCACGACUCGAGCGGGCGUGAGUACAGAGGCAAGGUCGCCGUCGUUCCUCUAGCCUAUGACAACCGCCGGAUCAAAGUAAUCGCUAAACAUGGUGUCAUCCGCCUUAUUAUCCCUCCUUUCUAGUUUUAUCACCAUCUUUAGUUCAUGCUUAUAUAUGAUGGACCUUAUUAUAUGU